ACAGACAGAGGAGACCUCGACCUCGCCCUCCCCCACAUCACUUGGCCUCCUCCCCCUCUCUCUGGUCGCGUCCCACCCCCCACCCUCCCUCCUCGACUCGAUCUCUGUCUCUCCGCCGCCGCCGCCGCCGCAUCCCACCGCGAAUCCCACGCCCCGUUCUCACCUCCGCCGGAGCCUUCCUCCCCGUCCCCGAUCCGGGGCGCCCUCGAUGCGGUGCCCCCGCGGCGCGAUCGCGUGACGGGCGCCAUGGAUGGCCCCGACGGCGGCGAGGCGGCGCAGCCGCAGCCGCUGGAGUGGCGCUUCGCGCAGGUCUUCGGCGAGCGCGCGGCCGGCGAGGACGUGCAGGAAGUUGACAUCAUCUCUGCCAUCGAGUUUGAUAGAUCUGGUGAUCAUCUUGCCACGGGGGAUAAAGGAGGACGUGUGGUUUUGUUCGAAAGGACAGAUGCUCGGGAUCAGAAUGGCAGCCGGAGAGAACUGGAGAGACAAGAUGUUCCAAUUACUAGGCACCUGGAGUUCCGUUACAAAACCGAAUUUCAGAGUCAUGAACCUGAGUUUGACUACCUCAAAAGUUUGGAAAUAGAGGAGAAGAUCAACAAGAUCAAAUGGUGCCAGACAGCCAACAAUGCUCUCUCCCUUUUGUCCACAAAUGAUAAAACAAUCAAAUACUGGAAGGUGCAAGAGAAGAAAGUCAAACGAGUUUCAGUCAUGAAUUUGGACACUUCCCAAAGUGUAGGAAGUAGUAGUGCUGUUAGUGCAGGUACCAGUAGUUCUAAGGCACCUCUUCCAAAUGGUGGAUGUUCAGAGAAGUUCAAUUGUCCGAACAAUGAUCUCUCAUUUCCACCUGGAGGUUACGCAUCACUCCGUUUGCCUGUGGUUACAAGUCUAGAGGCAAACCCUGUUGCUAGAUGUCGACGUGUAUAUGCUCAUGCUCAUGAUUACCAUAUAAAUUCUAUUUCAAAUAAUAGUGAUGGUGAGACAUUCAUAUCAGCAGAUGAUCUGCGAAUAAAUCUAUGGAACUUGGAAAUAAACAGCCAGAGUUUUAAUAUUGUUGACGUGAAGCCUUCAAACAUGGAAGAUCUAACGGAGGUGAUUACAUGUGCGGAGUUCCAUCCAACCCAUUGCAAUACACUGGCCUAUAGUAGCUCAAAGGGCUCUAUCCGACUUAUUGAUCUGCGACAAUCAGCAUUGUGUGACAACCAUUCCAAGAUAUUUGAGGAACAUGAAGCACCUGGAUCAAGAUCCUUCUUUACGGAGAUUAUUGCGUCAAUUUCGGACAUAAAGUUUUCAAGGGAUGGAAGAUAUAUUCUUGGUCGUGAUUAUAUGACUCUCAAGCUCUGGGAUCUUAACAUGGAUUCUGGUCCUGUUUCAACCUUCCAGGUCCAUGAACAUUUAAGACCUAAGCUUUGUGAUCUGUAUGAGAAUGACUCAAUAUUUGACAAGUUUGAGUGUUGUCUUAGCGGGGAUGGACUUCGUGUUGCAACUGGUUCUUAUGGUAAUAUGUUUCGUGUUUUUGGUUGUACUCCUGGAAGUAUGGAGGCAACUACUUUGGAAGCAAGUAGGAAUCCCAUGAGGCGUCAGGUUGCAAAUCCGACAAGGCCCACACGGACAUUAGCUUCUUUCACCUGUGGUGUUCGGAGAGGUGGAGAAAAUGCAGGCGCUGAUGCCAAUGGAAAUUCAUUUGACUUCUCGACGAAGUUGCUCCAUCUCGCCUGGCACCCAACUGAGAAUUCCAUCGCAUGUGCUGCUGCAAAUAGCUUGUAUAUGUAUUAUGCGUAGAGAAUGCCCUACAGAAAGUUGUUGAUUUUUGGGCUUGCUCUCCGUGAAGGCCUUAGGCUUUCAACUGCAAACAGAGAGUGCAGGACAUUGUAGUCAGUUCCUUGGGGCUAGAAGAGGCCGCAGAUGUCCACAAGAUCACUUGUUGCAGCGCUAACGGACUGCGGCCUUGUUGAUUCUUUAGUAAAUGUGUAAAUUAUAAUUCUAAUCAUGGAAAGUUUUGGCCCCACGAUGUGAUCGCGGCAGUCGGCAGUAAAGGGACAGAUCAAAGAUAGUCUGCAUUGAUGGACUCGAGCACAUCAGCAUUGCAAUGGUAGUAUGAUCGACAAUUCUUCACAUGUAAUGCCACCUUGACAGGGCUAAUCUUGUUUUGGAACUUGAAUGUCUGAACAAUAGAUAUUACUCAGUUAUUGUAGCUAUUCAUCUUCAUCGCCAUUCUAUU